GUCUUUUUCUGGGUUUCUCCCUUCAAAAACAGACUUAGUGUCCCCCCUGGUGCUCCCGACAAGGUGACACACAAAGGACCAGCCUCUCAUUCCUACAUUUCUACCGUGCGAAGGCCAAUCCAUUUCUACCUGUCCUUUCUGGGGCUGAGUCACAUACAUGCCCUGUCCUCCGCUAGCCACGCCAUGAACUCUGUCGCCCAAUUCGUGGGUGGCCUGCCUCAGCGGACUCGCCAGAUAUUCGGUUUUCUGGGAGCCUUUGCCAUGAUAAUAGCGAUCUAUUGCAUAGCGAACACAGCACCAACAUACCCACAAGCAACACGAACUUCAACCAACAAUGGCGCACAUCGCCCACCCAGAAAGCUCUACGGGAAGGAGUACAAGGGCAGAUCAACACCCGACAUCAACCGCGUCACCAACGACACCCUGGGGUUUUCCAAGAUCUUCGUCGUCGGCCUGCCGGAGCGGACAGACAAGCGGGAUGCGUUGGCCCUGACCGCAUCCUUGACGGGGUUUCACGUAGACUUUGUCGACGGCGUCCGGGGAGAAUCGAUCCCCGACAAGGCCGUCCCGUUUGGCAUCGACAGGCAUGCGCUCAUGGAGACCAACCUGGGCAGCUGGAGGGGCCACAUGAACGCGAUCCGGAGGAUAGUAGAGGAGGACCUCGAGUCCGCCCUGAUCAUGGAGGACGACAUGGACUGGGACGUGCGGCUGCGGUCCCAGCUCGAGGAGGUGGCCAAGGGUUCCCGUGAGCUUCUGGACCGCCACAGCAAGGACCCGCGCUCGCCCUACGGCGACAACUGGGACGUCCUGUGGAUCGGGCACUGCGGCGAGCCGUUCCCCGAGUUCCUCGACGAGAACAAGGGCAAGCCCGAGGACCACCCGGGCUUGCGGUACAUGAGGCACAAGUAUGUCAUCGAGAACGACCCGACGGUCCCGCCGCCGGAGCACACCACGGGCCUGGUUGAUUUCCACGCACACCCGCACACGCGGUGGGUGCACAUCACCGCGGCGCCGAUGUGCAGCUUCGCGUACGCGCUCUCCCAGCAGGGGGCGCGCAAGGUGCUCUUCGACCUCAGCGUGGACCGCCUGGCGGGCGCGUUCGACAAUGCUCUGGCGGGCCUCUGCCGCCGCUCAGUUGCUGCCGUGGGCGAGGAGAAUGUCGAGGGGGACCGUGGGCUCAACACGAGGUGCAUCUCCGUCACGCCGCCUGUGUUCUUCCACCACAAGGCUAGGGGCCGGAUUGCAGGGGAUAGCGAUAUACACGCCGGCGACGGGGACGAGGUGCGCGAGAAGGGGACGACGGAGAAUAUUGUGUGGAGUGCGAGGAAUAAUAUCCGCAACAUGAUCAUGGGGACUGAGAUGGAGACCCAGUUCUGA